AUGGUGACGUUCUUGAAGCCGGGCAAGGCGGUGAUCCUGCUGCAGGGCAGGUACGCCGGGAAGAAGGUGGUUAUCGUGCGCGUGUUUGAGGAGCGCACCCGCGACCGCCCCUACGGGCACUGCCUGGUCGCCGGCCUGGCCAAAUACCCGAAGAAGGUGAUCCGCAAGGACUCGGACAAGAAGACGACCAAGAAGUCUCGCGUCAAGGUCUUCCUCAAGCUCAUCAACUUCACCCACCUCAUGCCCACCCGCUACACCCUCGAUGUCGACCUCGAGGAGGUGGUCUCCGGCGCCCCCGACUCCCUCACCACCAAGGACAAGAAGCUCACAGCUGCCAAGUCCACCAAGGCCAAGCUCGAGGAGAGGUUCAAGACCGGCAAGAACAGGUGGUUCUUCACCAAGCUCUAUCCUGUCGUCGGCCGGGUACUGUCUUCGUGGGAGCGACGGAGUGUAAUGCGAGCCGUCAUUGUCUUCUUCAAUCUGCAUGGGACGAUCCCGGCCCUGUCGAUGGAUCCUGACUGA